GGACUCUGGUACGGUACGUAUUGUUGUCAGCGUGUUAACGUUAUUGUGAUCUAUCUCUGACUAAGAGUCACUUGAAUAAUUUGUUAAUUGAAAGUGAGUUUGUUUUUCGCUGAUGAGGGGCUCAUGAUAACCAAUAGGAUACCGUAUCGAAAGCGUUUUCUGACUAGGAAUUACUGAUAUUGGAUAAACCAGCACAGUCAUGAGAAUGCAUUCACCACCCAAAACUGUAUGAGAUUGGGAAAUGCACUGAUGCAUUUCUGGAUAGACAAACACUCCGGCGGGCCACUGGUGCAUUGUGGGGGUGGCAGAUCAGGCUCGCUGCGUGCGGCCAGUCGACGUCGCCGCCUCUCGUUCACCCCCUCGCCCCUCCACCCCCUCUCUGUGGCUACAGGCACGCUCACACAAUUCUCUACUGUGGUGGUGGGAGGAGGUGGAGAGGGGGUGCCAAGCCCAUGGUUACUCCGGUCCACCGCUUCCAGCCAAUAGAGUGUGUCGCUGCCAAUGCGCAUGCGCACUCCAGCCAGCGCCGCAGCAAUGGUCGAGGCACCACCACAGAGCUGCCCACCCGUUCGCACGCAGUGGAACUGGACAGCUCAGUGUUCCUCGACCUGCCAUUGGACGGCGGCGGCGGCGCAAGUGGGAUGGAGGUGGGGACAGGAGGGGUCACUGACCCCGCCCCCCCUCAACUGCCCCCCUCCACCACCCUCGACCCGGCCGCAGUCGCCAAACAGAGCGUCUGCGGACUGCGGCUGUCUUUUGCACUGCUCACCGCCCUCAUUGGGGGCGCCCGGCUCUAUGCUGACUAUCAGGGCACCGGCACAGAAGUGCUGUACACUCUGUUCCUAAUAGCGGUUGUGACCCUGUGUGCGGCCACCCUCUACCGAUCAAUGCUGAAACGCACCCUUGCGGCUGAACCGGCAAUCAACGGCCUCGCAGUGCGCAGUCUGGCCAGUGCAGAUGGAGGAGACUUGACUCCGCCCUCUUUGCGCCACGCCCCUCUCCAAGCCCCGCCCACAACGCCCCCUCCUCCGCCCCUUGCUCAUCCCCUCCACCUUGCCGAGCCACCACCUCCGCCCUAUCACAUUGCCGUUCUGCUGCCUCAACACGAGGCCCCGCCUCCAUCCUAUGACAAGGCCAUCAUUGGUAGUUAGUAGAUGGUUGGUGGGCCUGGUAUCACUUGAAUCAGGUUAGCUUGUCAAUAGGCAACAACAUGUUUUUGUGAGUCAACAUGAUCAGUUAUCUAUGCCAUAUUUGAGAAGAAUUAGUUACUAAAGUAACUCUGUGGGGAGAAUAAUUCUAGUAGAACUGAUGAGGUUGGUGAACUUGAUUAGGGUGAAACUAAUUCAAAUAGGUUGGCUGACUAACCUAUGUGACAACCUAAUUUAUUGACAGAUUGAAUAACAAAACUAAUGAAAUUUGUAUGCUAAUAGGGUUGGUAAAACUGAUUUUUUGUGAUACAUGGUUCAGGUGAUGUGACUUGAAUCAGGUUGGCUGAAUUAUGGCAACAUGAGUUUUAUGUGUUAACAAACUAGAGGCCACAUAUGUGCAAAUUGCUUUACUAACAGCAGCAUACUUUUACUGAUGAGGUUGGUAUGCCUGAUUUGGUGGGUGGGUGUGACUUCAAUUGGGUUGGUUGACUUGAUGUUUGUCAGUUAGCAGGUUGAUAUGACUAAUUUAGAUGAUAUGACAACAUGACAUUACAUUGUUAUUUGUGUUAUAAUCAGAACUUGAUGCUUUGAUUUUGUAAAAAAACCUCAUAACAUAAUAAUUACUUUAGCACAACUAAUAAUGAGGUUGGUAGUCCUGAUUUGGGUUACAGGAUUUUAAUUACAUUGGCUGACUUGUCUUAACAUUAUCUGAUGAGUCAACGUACUUUAUUGACAAACUUGAGUCCAUGAUUGAAUAGAGCAAACAGUCAUUUACCAAAUAAAAUAUCUUUUUAUCACAAUUAAACCCUCAUAAAACAGAGACUUGCAUUUGAAUGGAGAAAGAUGAGCCUAAAUGAACCUAACAUUUUAGGUGGCUUCUGAACUACCGUGAUAUCUAUCAACAUUAUCAAAUAGAAAAUUCAUUCAUUCUAUUGAAUACAUAAAUGUGACAAAAUUAAUUAAACAAAUAAGUGUUUAUGAUUAGACUGUAGAAUAUAUUGGCAAGAGAAUUUUCUAAAGAAAUUCCUAAUUUUGCUACCUUUUGUUGGAGUGAAACUUGAUAUCACUUUCCAGAAAAUAACUAUGAACAUUUUUUAAAACUGCAACGCACAUAGAUUAGUAAUUUCCAAGUACUUUGAAAUGUUACCCAAGUGUAUGACGUCACAUUGAUUAUACUAUGAUAAUGGAGUUACCCUAUGAACUAAGAAGAAACCUAUAUUAUGUCAAUUUUUUUACGUAAUUGAAAUAGAAUGAGGAAAUUUUUACCAAUAAGCUUGAAUCAUAAGGCAGCAUUUAAAAAUCAAAACAUUAUGAAGUAUUAUAUACAAUCAGACUUUAUAUGUAAGGAGGAGUUAGUUACCAAUUUCAUGAGAAUACUCAUUAAUUUAUUAAUUUUAAAUGUGUGCUAAUAAAGUGAAAUAAUAUUAAAAAUAAAGCUUAUAAAUAAAGAUUUAUUCUGAAAUUGCAAAAUGAUUUUUCAGUAGCCUAUAAUUUGAGAAUGGAUGCGAGUUUAGAUAAGUUCUGUUAAUUGCAAAAAAUAUAAUUCAAGCAUCUGGAAUGUCUUGGCGCGAAAAAAUAAUAUUGAGAAGUCAAUUUUUAAAGCCUAUCGUUGUACUAUUAUGGAGGAGAAUAUAAUAAAAAAUCAAUUAAAUUAAUGUCUUAAAUGGAACUCCUCAAUAGAGGAAAAUAAUACAUUCAUUUAUCUACAAGCUAGAUUAUUGAUAACUUUGGUAGACACUGAUAUUAUCAAUAAAAUUGAAUCUGCAGUCUCUUAUUAUAACAUCAUCACCGUCAAAAAAAUAUUGAAAAGAAUAGAUUAAAAAAUACUACUCAAUAAAUAAUGUUAUGAUGAAAUAAAAACGUUCAGUUAUUAUAAUACAUACCGUACAAGGAAAAUAAGGUCACCACUGGCUGAACAUAUUUUCAUUGAUCGCUGAUCCAGGAAAGUCAAUGUCAAAAUAGACUGCAACCAAUCAAAUUCCAAUAACUAGCCUGAAUGGAGAGUGAAACUGAAAAAAUGAUAUUAUUGGAAAAUAUAAAUGGAUUACUAUUGAAAAAAAUAUAAUCAAAAACUGUAAUUAGAGUAAAAGUUAAAAUAGCCGAACCAACCGUUGAAAAUUUUCUACCAUAAGAUGCAUUGAGGAUGGACAAUUAGUGUACUUUUAUGUACUUGUAUAAAAUUUAUGAAUUGGAUGAUAAUAAAUGCAAAUACUAAUCAGGGAUGUGUUCAAUACAAAACUCCAAAAAUGAAAAGUAAUGAACCUAUAUAUAUGAAUUACAGAUUAAUAUAUUAGUUAAUAAUGAUAAUUUCCUAUGAAUGUGAGAUAAGUAGUGAGAUUUUUUUAAUUUAAAGUGAUUUUAUAAUAUCCAGCUGAAUAGUUUGUAGAUAACGUUUAUUCAACAUUAAUCAUAAUCUGACGGUCAAGUCAUUUUUACCCAGAAAAAUAUUUGUAACAUCUUUUGUUAAAUUUUCAGAAGAAACCUGAAGUAAUUUUCAUGAGAAAUGGGAUAUUCAUGAGAUAUUCUUGUGAUUUGCACUAAAUUAUUCACAAACUAUAAGAUGAGUGUCUUGAAAUUUUUCAUUCCAAUUCAGAGAAAACAUCAGACAAAUUACAUUAAACCCAAACACAAACAUUCUCACCAGAGAUAUUCAGUCAAAUCGGACAAAUAUUGUGGGAAAAAUUGUACUGGAAUCUAUUUUCUGUACAGAUUUUUCCUUUACUUUUUUGUCAGAUUAUAUUUAAUCAGCAAUCUUCAUAGAUCAUUGAAAGUAGUUAUACAUUAAAGUUAAGUCAUAAAUCUAUAGCAAUGUAAGUUGUAUUGUAUCCAAUGUACAUAAUGCAAAUAACAACUUGAAAUUUUAUACGUAUAAGUCAAAUAAGUACUUAUUGAUGUAAUUUUUUUAAUUUGCAUUAUUGUUUUCAUAUAAAUAUAAAGCAGUAAGCUACUAGAUUAGAAAAGUAUAAAAAUAUUGAUACUUUUAUAGUUUAUCCAUGUUGCGUUUGAAACUUAUUGUACGAGUUACUAAGUUAGAAUAUUGUUAAAGACUAAUUCAUAAUAUUUUCUACUGAUUUCCAUAAAGAGAUAAUAUAUCAAAUUUUUAUUAAAAUCGACUAGUAACUUAAAAUGGAGGUCUUAAAUAAAUCUCAGGUGGAGUUCAUUCUGAAUUUUUGUAAAAAUUAAUAAAUACCAAUUGAUCCUGAAAAAUAUUACGUAGGUAGUAUUAAUAUACAUUAUCCAUAAUCUUUCAUUUGAUGACCCUAGAAAUCGGAAUGAAUAAUGAAUUUAUUGCCAAAUACAAUUAAUAUUUUUGAAUGUAUUUGGAUUUCUUAUUUUAUUUCAAAGAAGUCUACAGUAUUUAUGAAACUGCAAUAAUUAAAACUUGUUUUUAAAAGUUGAUCAGAUCUGUAGUAUAUAACAAUAAAAUGUAACUUCAAAUAUGAAAAUUCAAUAAACAUGACCUUCUGAAUAUGCAA